UGACAUUCAUGACAGCUGUCUGACUUUCGCGCGGGACAGAUGCGCGGCGCGCGCAAGUGUCAAAUCAACGCGAGAUCACUGACUUGAACAGAUUCUGUCAGCUUUCCCUGAGGAAUAAACGUGAGUAUGAAAGGUUUGGAAGACCAGGCUUUGGAGGAUGAGUCGGGAUACCAAGAAGAUGAGGAAUCCUUUUUUCAAGACAUUGAGCUCUUACAGAAGCAUGGCAUUAACAUGGCUGACAUUAAGAAACUGAAGUCUGUAGGGAUUUGUACUGUGAAAGGCAUCCAGAUGACUACACGCCGUGCUCUCUGUAAUGUAAAGGGACUGUCUGAGGCUAAAGUGGACAAAAUAAAGGAAGCUGCUGGAAAGUUGCUGACAUGUGGAUUUCAGACAGCAUCUGAAUACAUUAUAAAAAGGAAGCAAGUGUUCCACAUCACAACUGGCAGUUUGGAGUUUGACAAACUCCUUGGAGGAGGUGUAGAGAGUAUGGCCAUUACUGAGGCUUUUGGUGAAUUCAGAACUGGAAAGACCCAACUCGCUCACACACUGUGUGUAACUGCUCAGCUUCCUGGUGAAUAUGGGUAUUCAGGAGGAAAGGUCAUCUUCAUUGAUUCUGAAAACACCUUUCGGCCUGAGAGACUGAAGGACAUAGCUGACAGAUUCAAUGUGGAUCAUGAAGCUGUACUGGAUAAUGUGCUAUAUGCACGUGCAUAUACGAGUGAGCAUCAGAUGGAAUUAUUAGACUUUGUUGCAGCCAAGUGUCAUGAGGAAGGAGGUGUCUUCAAGCUUCUGAUAAUAGACUCAAUUAUGGCUCUGUUCCGGGUGGACUUCUCUGGAAGAGGCGAGCUGGCUGAGAGACAGCAAAAGCUUGCACAAAUGCUUUCCAGACUGCAGAAGAUCUCUGAAGAGUACAACGUUGCAGUGUUUGUUACCAACCAAAUGACUGCAGAUCCAGGAGCUGGAAUGACAUUUCAAGCAGAUCCCAAAAAGCCCAUUGGAGGACACAUACUGGCGCAUGCCUCCACCACACGCAUCAGCUUGAGGAAAGGACGUGCUGAGUUGAGAAUUGCCAAAAUAUUUGAUAGCCCAGACAUGCCAGAAAAUGAGGCUACUUUUGCCAUCAUGGCUGGAGGAAUAACAGAUGCCAAAGACUAAAAAUCUACACAGAAAGCAUGUUACAUAAAUGUCUUCAUUUUGUUCAAGAUGGAAUCUGUUCAAGUUAACACAUAAACCAGUUGUACCUAUUUAUUUACAUGUUUAUCUACUGUCUAUCUGUUAAUACACUGUAUUUAUUCUUUAUUUAUACAUCACACAUCUGUUUAUAUAUUGUAUUUUUUUAAUUGUUUAUUUAUACAAUGCCAUUUUAAUUGUAAAACAAAAGUACAUAAAAACGGUUUAAUAAAAACUACUGCAGUCACAUA